AUGUUCAUAAACUCAAAGGCUAAAACUCUAGCUAUUUAUGCCUUCACAAAAAACAAAACUUUGCAGAAAAGAUUAUCUGAAACAGCAUCCGGAAGUAUUGUAUUCAAUGAUGCAAUUCUACAGUAUGUGGCAGAUACCCUGUCAUUUGGAGUAGUUGGUGAAUGUGGAUUUGGCAAGUAUCAUGGGAAGUUCUCAUUUGAUUUGUUCAGUCACUAUAAAGAUGUGGCUAGGAGAAGUUACUACACUGAUUUUUGGUUCAGGUUUCCUCCAUGGAAUCUUACCAAGUUUCAACUACUUGAAGAAGCUUACAAUUUAAACUACAUUGGAAUACUUUUUGUUGUACUGGGCUUGAAGAGAUCAAAGCGUUCAUUAUAUAUGGAUUGUAAUUAA